AUGGCGUCAAAUAUCCCCUUGACCUGUCUCCAGUGGCAGGUAUCCCCCGAGAGCACCUGGGCUCGUGAUGUCGACGAAUGCGAGAGAUUUUACAUCACGUCUUCGCGAAAAGAAAAUGGAUGCUUUCCCGUCAGCGGCUGUGCAUCUUUCAAUGUCAACCCCGAUGACUCGAUGCCCACCAUCGAUGAAGAAAACCGUGUUGAGGCGGCUCUGAAGAAGGCCUGGAUCACGCUUCGUUACCAACAUCCGACCCUGGGCUCCCGUAUCGAACAUGACGAAGAUGGCGACCGAUUGCGAAGAAUGUACCGGUCAUUUGAUACCGACGAUGAGCAGGAAAGUUGGGUGGGCUCAACCUUCAAGGUUGUCGAUACCGAUCUUGGGCCGCUCGAGUGGUUCAACAACAACACAGCCGCUGCCUUUGAGACGGCCACUGUCUUUUUUGUGAGAUCCAAAGGGCAGGGUAGCGACCGUCGGGCAAUCUUCUUACGAUGCCCCCACGACGUAUCCGAUGGUGUUGGCGUUCUGCAGCUGGUCAAUCAACUGUUUGACUACACUGCAAUGGCUUUCGAGCAAGGAGAUGAGUAUUCCCUCCCAAAAUGGGGCAAGGAACAUGAAAAUCUAUCCCCUUGUAUCAGAAUUGCUGCGAAGAUGCCUGAAUCAUUGACCGAAGCGCAAACAAAACGUCUGGAGGAGAUCCAAACCCAAAAUGGAACCAUCUACAAACACCAGGGCCUUCUUGCACUCCCCUCAAGGCCCACGAUUGCUGAUGGCGUCGUGAAAGACAGCAAGCUGAUACGCCUUUCACAUACAGUUCCCAAGGAUCUUACUUCGCAAAUUCUCCGUGGCUGCAAGGACGUUGCUUCUGGAGUGAGUGUGACACAUGUCUUCAUGUCAGCCUUGGCAAUGGCUCUCUCAGAGGUACAGCCCCAAAAGGAAGAUUCAUACCCCGUUCGAUAUGUCAAUCACAGCAUGAUCAACUUACGUCCCUACUGUGGUGAACCUUACGACACCCCUGCUCACGCGGCUGCUGCAUAUCAUACUAUUUCAACACAGGCACUGGGCAUAGACUUGGUUGUCCCCGGCUCUUCAGAUCAGACAACUGGAGACCAUGCGGCUGAAAUGCGAAGAAUUCUGCCUCAAGUCCAAGACUUCUUCAACGAUAUCCGGCCAGUUCCCUCGGAAGAGAUUCAUGAACAGGUCGCCUUCGCUCCCUCGACAUUCGAGUCCUUCACUUCUCCAUCCGGCGUUGACCCUCACGCUGUAUCAGAACCGCCUUUUUGCCCGGUAGCUUUGUCCUCCAUCGGGAAUGUGAGUUCUACGGUGCAGCAGAGCCAUGGGCCUUUUAAACUUGCCAGCGUCUGGGCCGCCAGCGAACCGAUGGGGGCUGGCGUGGCGCUCUUUCUCGGGUCUUGGGAUGGCCAGCUGGAACUCUGCGGUGUGUUUGACACGAGGUAUCACGAACCAGGCUAUGUGGAAAGCUUCCUCGAGCGGAUUCUAAUCUGCGUUCGUGGAGGACUGGGCAUCGAUGAAAUCAGUUCAACGGAUGAAGUCAAACCUGCUGAAAGUCCACAUGACAAGAAGAGAAAGAGGGCCGAGAGUGAUCAUCGUGCUGGCCCAUGUGAGGUGUAG